AUGGGAGGUUGUCUUUCCUCUGACUCCGACGUUCCAAAGUCCAAGCCACAGCCAGCCCCACAACCAUCUUCAAAUCAACAAGCCGCAUCUGGAAAGGGCGCUACCAAAUUUGCUGUUCCAACGGGAGCUCCAACAAAGAAAAUCAACAUCACGCCUAAGCGUGCAGUUGGUGUGUCCAAUUCUGCAGAUGAAGAUGCAUUUAAGAUUUGUAUUGUAGGUGCUGGUGAAUCCGGUAAAACUACGUUUACCCGAAAUAUGGUUCUCAAUUAUCUUGGUGGCAUCAAUGAUAAAGACAGAAGAUCCGAAAUUGUUACAAUUCGUGGCAACAUGAUUGAUGCCAUUAAAGAUUUAAUAAAAUUUGUUCAAAGCGAAGGCCUUGAAAGCGAACUUCCUGAUGAUGAAGAAGAGUUCAUCCAAAAUCUUCUCGAUGUCGAUGCUUUCGAUGCAGAUUUCUCAGAACUUGCCGCUGGAUUACAUAAAAUAUGGAAUUGCGACGUCAUUCAAAAAGCAUAUUACCACACCAGCCAAGUUGUUGUACCCGAUAACAUGGAUUAUUUCUUCGAAAAGUACCUCGAAAUCGCCAAAGAAGACUACGUUCCCACAGAUGGCGAUCUCCUUCGCGUUCGAGUCAGAACAAUUGGUAUCAAACCGAUGGUUUUCGAUCUAGAGGGAGCAAGAUUCCAAUUGACCGAUGUCGGUGGCCAAAUAUGCGAAAGAAAGAAUUGGCAAAAGGUCCUUGAGGGAACAGAAGCAGUGAUAUUUGCAUUCUCUUUGGCUGAAUUUGACCGUAAAAUGUUCGAAAAACCAGAAGAAUUAAGAAUUGACGAUUCAAUUAAACUUUUCGAAGCCACAGUCAACGGAGAGACAUGCUCUGAAUGCCCAAUUUACUUAGUCGGUAAUAAGUACGAGAAAUUCUGCAAGAAGAUCCAAGAAACAGACGCUUUCGGAGCUGCAUUUCCGGAUUUCCAAGGAAAUAUACACGAUCCAUUAGCUACUUCAGAAUACUUGUUUAAAUUGUUCAAAGAUAAAAUGGUUCAGAACGGUUCUGAAUACCACACAUUCCAGACCUUCACAAUGACAGCUAUUGACUCACAAUCUGUUAUAAAGGUAGCGGAAUCUGUAUUUGAGGACCUUAAUAGAAGAUUCUUCUGUGAUUAA